AUGGAUACUGCCAUCCCAACAAGAAGCGGCGUUAUCUGCACACCUGAAGAAUAUGCUGCAUCUCUUACCAAUUUCUUGACUCACUGUCUAACGAGGGCGGAUACCAUUGGCCUCACGCUUACCUCCCAAGCAGGUCUUCUGAGCUUGGUUGCCGUUCUCUUUUGCCCAUUUAACCUGUUGCUCUCCUUGUUCGUGGCAGAUGCUCUACAGGCCAUUGGCGCUGUCAUGGACGUUAGAUGGGUUGGCGCUGGACAGGUCAAUGCUGGACAAUUUUGCUCAGCGCAAGGGAUUAUUUCACAGCUGGGUGAAGUUAAUGUCGCAAUAACCACUCUCAUUAUCGCUGUAUACACCUUCAUUGGUGUCUGGAUGGGUAGAGGAAUACGGUCAAACAAAAUUACGGGUGCUGUUGUUGGCUUUGCCUGGGGUUUAGUUGCCCUCCUGACAUUAUUGGGUGCCAUUCUCAACCGCGGAUCUGGGAAAGGAUAUGAGAGGCCCACUCCAUACUGGUGCUGGAUUGGGGAACCGUACCUCAAGUGGCGCAUAUUCGGCGAGUACGUGUGGUUCUGGAUGACGCUUCUGGUCUCCACCCUCACGUACAUCCCACUCUACUUUUGGAGCCGUGGAAACAUCAAUUUUGACAACGACUCAUGGUGGAAAUUUACCAUACAACGUGCUGAUCAAUCAGAAGGACUCAAAGGUAUCCGACGUCGUUCAUUAAUAAUGCUCUUGUACCCCGGAAUUUACUGCUGUCUGAUCUUGCCGCUAAGUGUUGUACGGUGGAUAGGCUUUAUACAAGAACGUGGUGGGCACAGCAACCAUGUACCUCCCGCGGCUACAUUCGCCUCCAUUACAAUUUUUGGACUCAGUGGCGCUUGCAACGCCGUUCUCCUUCUUACAACACGUCCAGAAUCUGGGAUUUUUAGUAGGCUCAAUCGCGACGAUGAGGGUUUUGCCCCAUCUUCUCCACCACUCCAACCGAAGGAAUUUGCGGCUUCCGGAUCCAACAUCAAUGCCGAGGAGGAGCAUGAGCUUGGACGGCUUCCAUCUCGCUGACGUGUCGCCCCUCUCUGUAUCUCAAUACUAGCCAGGUCAUUAUUUACACGUGGACAGCAGAGUAUCUCGCCAAUGUAUUUGUAUGC